AUGUCGCUCGCUAGAAUCACCAAGACCUCGGUCGCGGCCGUGCUGGCCGUGUGCGCCUCCGCGGCGUGCGCUGCCGGCAAUAACUCCGCCUCCGGCCUCGUUUCCUCGACUUACUUCGCGGGAUACCACGCCAACCGCGGAUUCCCCGUAUCUGACAUGCCGUGGGAGAAGUACACGGACGUCAAGUACGCUUUCGCCGAGACUUCGGAGGACGGCUCUCUCAACUUGACCAAGUCCGCUCCCGAUCAACUUCCGGCAUUUGUCUCGGCCGCCAAGGCCAAGAACGUCAAGGCUCUUGUUUCCGUCGGAGGAUGGACCGGCAGCCGUUGGUUCAGCACUGCCUUUGGAAGCGCAGAGAACCGCACUGCUUUCGUCAAGACCUGCCUAGACCUUGUUGAGAAGUACUCUCUCGAUGGUCUCGACUUCGACUGGGAGUACCCCAACCGCCAGGGUCUCGGCUGCAACGCCAUCAACAAGGACGACACUGCGAACUUCCUCUCCUUCCUCCAAGAGCUCCGCCAGAAGCAGCCCAAGCAGCUCUACCUGACCGCGGCCACCAGCUUGUUCCCUUGGUACAACACCGCCGGCGUCAGCAGCGUCAACGGUACCCUCAGCGGCUUCGCCGACGUCCUCGACUAUGCCAUGAUCAUGGCCUACGAUAUCUACGGCGCCUGGGCGGCCACCGGCGGCCCCAACGCUCCUCUGGCCUACACCUGCGACUCGCGCAACAACCAGGGCGGAGCCAAGGAGGGUGUUGACAAGUGGAUCAACGCCGGCAUCCCGGCCAACAAGCUCGUCCUCGCCGUCGGCGCUUACGGACACGGUUUCUCCGUCAACUCUACCAGCGCCUUCUCCGGAAGCAACACGCUGAACGCGUACCCGGCCCAGAACAGCAGCAACCGCUUCCAGGGCAGCAGCUGGGACGACGACCCGCGUGUCGACGACUGCGGUAACGCUUCUCCCCCUAGCGGCACCUACCAGUUCUGGAGCUUGAUCAAGGAGGCCAACUUCCUCGAUGAGACUGGCAAGCCUCGUGAGGGUAUUGCCUCCGGCUUCGACAACUGCAGCAUGACUCCUUUCAUGUACAACGAGACUGCUCAGAUCUGGGUUUCCUACGACAACCCCGAGUCCCUCACUGCCAAGGGCAAGUACAUCACCAGCUCCAAGCUUGCUGGCUUUGCCAUGUGGGAGGCUGGCGGUGACUACAAGAACAUUCUCAUCGAUUCUAUCCGCUCCGCUGUUGGAUUGUAA